AUGAUCUUGCCAACUCUCGCGCUAGCCAUCCUCUCCAUCGCUGCCCUGGGAGUAAAUGGCAUCCCCGAAGGGACCCCAGGAACCGAUGCGACAUUCGACUACGUUGUCGUUGGCGCCGGCACCUCUGGGCUCACGCUUGCCGCGAGACUGGCAGAAGCCAACUUUACUGUGGCGCUAGUGGAAGCCGGUGACUUCUACGAGAACACCUGGCCCUUGCCCAAGAUCCCUGGGGCGGCCGCAAUUGGCAUCGGGGCGAGCCCUUCGUCAACCACACCGAUCGACUGGCAGUUCAUUACCGAGCCGGUCCCGGGCGCCCUACACCGCCAGGUUCACUAUUGCCGGCAUAGAACGGUGGGAGGGUGUUCUGCGGCUAACGUGAUGGUAUACCAGAGACCCGAUGUAGACUCGAUGAACCGCUGGGCCGAGCUCGUCGACGACGACUCAUACACCUUCCAAAACGUCCUCCCCUUCUACCAGCGAACACCGACAUUUCACCCGCCCGACAACGCCUUGCGUCCAUCUAAUGCCUCGGUAGACUAUAACCCGGACGCGUUCCUUGAUUCCGGAGAGCCACUGCAAGUCUCAUACCCCAUCGACAACAUCGUUUUCUCAACCUGGAUGGCGCGGGGCAUGCAGGCGAUUGGGAUACCGGAGGUGCAGGACUUCAGCAGCGGACGGUUACUCGGCGCGCAGUGGUGUCCAUUUACAGUGCGGCCGGAGGAUCGCACGCGCAGCAGCUCUGAGGCUGCGUUCAGGGGCCGGCCGAAUAACGACGAGCUGCUUGCGACAAUGAGGCUGUACAGAAAGACGAUGGGCAAGAGGGUGCUCUUCGGGGAGAGCAUUCCGCCGCGAGCGACCGGCGUGGAGGUGCGGACGGGACGACAGGUGUAUGUGCUGCACGCGACGCGCGAGGUCAUCAUCUCGGCCGGCGCGUUUCAGAGCCCGCAGCUGCUGAUGGUCUCGGGGAUCGGACCCGCAGAGACGCUGCGGCUCUUUGAGAUCCCGCUGGUCGUCGACCUGCCCGGCGUUGGGCAGAAUAUGUGGGAUCAUCUGCUGUUUGGACCCUCGUAUCGGGUCAGCAUCCCUACUAACUCGAGGAUCCCGAGGGAUCUCGUCUUCACAGCUGAACAGGGGAUACAAUACCUGGCCAAGCGGCGUGGCUUAUUCACUAACCCUGGUGCGGACUACCUGGCCUGGGAGAAGAUCCCGGACAGCCUGCGCGCCCAGUUCUCUCAGGGGACACGGGCGAAUCUGUCGUGGUUCCCGCCGAGUUGGCCAGAGGCGGAGUACAUCUCCUUCUCCAUCUACCUUGGCUCACUCCAAGACCCCUUCCUCGGCCAACCUCAAGACGGUUAUAUGUACGCUUCGAUGAUCGGCUCCCUCGUCGCGCCGACCUCACGAGGCUACGUAACCCUCCGCUCAAAUGACACGGACGACCUCCCCGCCAUCCAACCAAACUGGCUCGACACCGAGUCCGACGCACAGGUGUCAGUUGCCAUGUACCGCCGGCUCCGCGAAGCCUGGGCACACCCACAGGGUCUCGUGCCCAUCGUAAUCGGGGAAGAGUACUUCCCGGGCCCAGAGGUGCAGACGGAUGAACAGAUCCUCGAGACGAUUCGCGCGACUGUGAUGACGAUUUUCCAUGCGGCUUGUACGUGCAAGAUGGGGACGGCUGAUGAUCCCAUGGCGGUUGUGGACAGCAAGGCGAGGGUGCUGGGGGUGCGCGGGUUGAGGGUUGUGGAUGCGAGUUCGUUUGCCAUGUUGCCGCCGGGGCAUCCGCAGGCGACGUGCUAUAUGCUGGCGGAAAAGAUUGCGGCUGAAAUCAUAGACGUUAGUGGGGCGAAUUGA